GACAUGAUUGGAGAAAGUUUGCUUUUGACUACGGUCUGAAGAAGGGCGACGAGCUGAGGAUCAGAAACUCAAACGGGCAGAUAUACGUAACUGCUUACAGAGUUGGAGACACUUCCAAAUAUAUAAUAUAUCCCCUGAUGGAACAUGAGCGGAUGUCACAAAGGGCAACCACACCAGCACCGGCACCGGCUUCCCACUCUCCUGCAUCAGCACCGGUUCCUGUACCAGCUCCGUUUACUGCAUCUACCCAGCAGUCCCCUACAUCAGCAUUGGUUCCUGUAGAGGCCCCAUAUACUACACCUGCCCAGCAGGCUCCUGCAUCAGCACUGGUUCCUCUAGCUGCACCGUUUACUGCACCUGCCCAACAGUCUCCUGCAUCAGCACCGGUUCCUCUAGAGGCACCGUUUACUGCACCUGCCCAGCAGUCUCCUGCAUCAGCACCAGCUCGUGUACCAGCCCAGGCUCCUGCACCUGCCCCAGCCAGAUCACCGAGGUCUCAGCUCAUUGCUGUGGCCACCCGUGUGGUGACCAGGACGCAUCUGAAGGCUAUGUUCAAAUUGCCUAAAAGUAUCUCCAAGGAUCUCAAUGCUGGCCGAAGGGGCAAGAUAUCCCUCGUCAUGGAGAGUGAAGGUCUCACCGUGGAGGGACGGUACUCCGUCAGUCCCACAGAUGGCCGCUUGGCUGUUACUUCCAGGUGGAAAAAGUUCAUUGACGGUGCCAAACUUCGCAUUGGAUCAAAGUUGAAGGUCAAGAUCUUUCGAUGCCGCUGUGACAUGCUGGUCAUAAAGUUCGCGGUUGUCUAGUUCUGUUGCCCCAUGAGCCCUUAGCAAAUGCAUUUGUAGUUAUACUUAUAUAAGGUUAUCUUAUCUGAACUGCUAAUUAAUUGUAUGGGUGGUAAAACUCUGGCAAGCUUUUGCUCUUAGCAAGUAUGUAUGUAUGAUCAGCUAUUAUGAUAACUAAUGUU